AUGAAGGAUUCUGAAAGUAUUGGAGACUACGUGAACCGAGUCCUUGCCGUCGUCAAUCAAUUGAAGAGAUAUGGCGAAAUCAUUGAUGAUGUUCGGGUGAAUGAGAAAUUUAUGAGAUCAUUGAAUCCGAAGCCCAUGAGGAAAGAAUCAAACGACGAGAAGAGCCGUUUGUCCAGGUGCUGCAAUAGAAAUUAUCAGUACAGUAUGAGAAUGAGAAAUUCAGAAACAACAGAGGUAGAGGCAGAAGACGAGGAAGAAGUCAUGGUCAUUGCCGAGACUCACAUGAACAAAAAAUUCGAGGACGAGGAAGACAGGGUAGUUUUCAUGGAGGUCGCGGAUGGAAAAAUAAUGUCCAAUGCUACAAUUGCCAAAAAUUUGGACACUUUGCAGCAGAUUGCAAAUUUAACUCCAAUAGAGUUGAAAAGGCGAACCAAAUUGAGGCUACUGAAGAAGAAGAUUGCAAAUUUAACUCCAAUAGACUUGAAAAGGCAAACUAAAUGGAGGCUACUGAAGAAGAAGAGCAAUCCACAUUGCUAUUGUCUUGCAAAGGUGAAUCAGAAAAAACCUCAAGAGACUUGGUUUCUUGACUUCGGUGCUAGCAAUUACAUGACCGGAAACAAAUCCUUGUUCUCCUAUCUUGAUGAAUUUGUGAAAUGA